AUGCCAAUUAUAAAAACUGACGUGAUAAUACGUUACGUACCAAUGGGUCGCCAUAUUAUACUUAAUUGUAUGUCUUGGAUUUCAGCUGCAAAUAAUUAUGAUAUUCAAAAUAAAACAAUGAAAUGGAUAUUUCGUGAUAUUCAAGAUCAUCGUAGUAUACCUAUCGAUAUUGAGAACAGUCGAUUCUCUUUUAAUAAAACUGAUGGCAAUCUUAUACUUUAUACGGCGCAAAAAGAAAAUGAAGGAAUAUAUGACUGUCAUGUAGGUGUAACUAAGACUAUCGAAUGGGUUUCACGAGUUAAUCUUUAUGUGCAAGAUUGUGAUGAAAAACGUGAUUUAAUUUCAUAUCUUAAUGUUAUGAAUCCAUGUCUUCAUGGUGGUUGUAUCAUUGAUACUUUUCCUAAUGCUAAACUUUUGAAAUAUUUAAAAUGCAAUUGUGUAUUACAAUAUACAGGAGAAUUUUGCACUGAACUUGUCGAUGGAGCAAUCGGACGUGAAAUUCUACGGUUUUCACCGUUUAUUGCACAUAUUUGUUCAACAUUAGGUGUUAUUGUUGCUUUUUCUUGCUGCAAGAGAACCAUUAGUAAUAAAAGAAUCGUUUCAUUGGAAGAUCUUGUACCAUCACCAUUAGAUAUAUCGGAUGAUCCGAAAAUACUUUAUCCUACAACUUUUCAAUCGGUUGCCGAAAGUGGAGAAUCGAUUGAGAAAACAGAAUUGGAUGCUCAAACAAUUGCUAUUUGUCUUGAUCGAUUACAACAUGCUACCAUAUGA